CUCCCCGCCACUCUAAAACCUAUUUCGUCUCUCUCCCUCAUGUACGGACAGUCACCGCCGUCUCGCUCUGGUGGCGGCCGCCGCCGUGGCCGAGAGGUUGCGCAGCCGCCUCAACAGCAGCAAAUUCCAAUGACCAGCAAUAUUUUCCCGCACCCCUCUUUCUUCGUUCCACAGCAGAACCCUGCUUUCUUGCCUCCCCUGUACCCCUUUGUGCAAAACCCUACCACUUUCCCGCAAGCUCAACAGCCCUUCCCCUACAGCAAUUUUUCUUAUCAGACGAUUCCUGACAACAGCAAUUUUCAAGAUCCGAUUACUGAUGGUAGCAGUAACAGUAAAUCUCCGCAACAGCACGAAAAGAAGCACGGCGAGAUGGUUGAGAAAUUUGAUAAGGCGGCGAUGAGGGCUUGGAAAGACCUUUUGAAGUUAGAUGAUAAUAUUUCCGCCUGGAAAGUUUCUCAGUCGGCUUUGUUGAAGGUGAAGGCGGAGUCGUGGGAGAGUUUGGGGUUCCAAAUGCAGCAAGUGCCUUCAUUGAAGCGUCUACUCGCUGUUGAAGGGAAGAUCAAUAUGUUCAUCCAUUGCUUUGUCUCCGCCAGAAGAAUUACUUCACUGUAUGAUUUGGAAGUGGCAAUCUGCGAGAGUGAGGGUGUUGGACGCUUUGAAGAGCUGGAAUUGGGUCCCUUGUUGAGACAUCCACUUGUUGUGCAUUACUUUUAUCUGAAUUCUGAGAUAACUGAGGUGUAUAGAAUCACAACUGAGGAGAUAAUUUCUUACCUUUGUGAGUUCAUUGAUACUCACAAAAAGAAAAAAAUCAAAGCUGAUAUCUUUUUGGAUUUCAUCUCCAAGAAAAAAUCCGUGAGUGGCAGGCAAAAACUUUCUGUGUGUAUCCAGAACUUUGGAGCAUAUGUUGAUCAUAUAGAACGGGCAAGACAGUCGGAAGAUAGAGUACUAGAAAAAUGUUACGAGAAAAUGAAAACAAAAUCUGAUAAGAAGAGUAAGCGCCCCCUUUUUUCUUCCCAAAAGAAAGAGUUGGAUGACCAUUUCACUGCAAUAGCCCAACGUAUGGAGUCAUUUUCAUCAGUCAAUACCCAAUUUUGUGGAAAACACAUAAGAUUUACAUCAAGUUCAGAUGAUAAUAGCAGCGACGAUGAUGAUGACAGUGAAGCUAAUGAGAAUGCUGAUAAUUGGAAUCAGAAGAAUGCAGAGAGCAACUGCAGUUUGUCGCUUCCAAAUGUGAGAUUAGACCGUGGCAGUGGCUGUCCUUACCCUUCUGCAACUGAAGAAAUGACAAGGCUGGGUUUGAAAAAUGAAGUAGAAUCCAGCCCUUAUACACCUGUUGGUGGUAUAAGGAGCAAUGCUGACAGUGAGCAUCCCCGAAGAAAGAGAAGAUGUGAGAACACGAGUUCUAGUGCUUCCUUGGCUGCCAAGAAGUGUAAAAAAGAAAUAAUAAAUGAAGAUCCCAAGAAUGAGAGCUCUGGUCAUCGGGGUACAGGUGGUCAUUCACUAUCCAUUGAGUCCUUAAAGAUGUUUUUUACAACUUGGAAGGAGGCAUGCCGAGUGAACACCGCUGAUGAGGUUCUUGAGAGGAUGCUUCAGUUUUACAAUGCGAAGUGGAAAAAGAGAGCGAGAGAGAUGUUCAAAUUGUACCCAUUUUGCGGAUUGCUCCAUGCUGCUGUGAGGGGUGGGGAAGGUGGUGGUUUGGGGCGUGUGAAUAGUUUGGAAAUUACUGGCCUGUGGCCUAGAAAAGGUAUGAGAGGCCUUCUUUCUUUAACUCUUGCUGCUCCCAAUAGUUCAUUUCUACGUCCUUUAUUCUCUGGCCUGUCUGUGUUCUGCCACCAUCAGUCUCCUCCUUCAGCCUUUCUCCUUUAUCUUGCUGUAUUUCUAUAUUGUCAUCCACUAACUUAUGCUGCUUUGUAUCCACCACUAGCACUCAUUUGCUCCAACUUUUCCAAAACCCUUCACUUUCGCUUUUCAUCUUCUGCACCUGAUUCCGUUCUUCUGCCAUCUGCACCCUUCUUUUUCACUGCUCUUUUCUCCUUUUCUUCUUAUCUACUUUGCUAUACUAUUCGUCACUUUCUUUUCCACAAUCCUAGAGUAAACAGGAAGAUAGACAGAUCAAGAGACGAUGGUAUGAUGGUAUACCAGGUGACUUUUAUAAAAUUUGGGAUGUCAGAUCAUAUGUAUGACACUUUCCAAACUUUAAGCCAACAAGACGUUGAUGGCAAACAAACUGAGAGUUCACCUGAUUACAUAAGCAUUGAUGUUGAACAAGCUAAGAAGGAUGUUCCUGUUUCAGCAGAGCUACUUCGCACACAUAAACGUGAUGCUAGUGCUCAAGAUAUUGCAAAGAAAGUUUCUGGAUAUUUGGAGAAUGACAUCAUGUGCUAUAGAGGUACUUCUUUGGAGAACAAGUUACGUCUUUUCAGGACGCUUUGCCAGUGCGAGGAUUGGUUAAUUGAGCAAUAUGGCGUUGAGAAGUUUGAAUCCCUUGGUUAUGGAGAAUAUUUAAUAUUUGUAGAGAAAUAUUUGCACCUAUUGCCUCAAGCAUUACAAAAGUGCAUUGGGGGUGACACAUCCGAAAAUGUUUCUUUGGAGGCACACCUGUUGCCAGUUCAGUUGGAAGUUUUAUUAUCACAAGCUUUAGACAGCCUUCGGGAGAAUGAAUCUAUAAACAUGCGGAAUGUUUCCGAGUUGCUGGCAAAGCAGUUUCCUUCAGUGUGUUUCAAGCUAGGUAACGGUGAUCUUAAGACAAAUCGUCCAGAUAUUCUACGAGAAAAAAGACUCAGCUUAUCCUCAAGUUCUGUAUUGUUUUCUGUACCAUUGUCUAGAUUAAAUUGUGUGUGUGAUUCAGCUGCUCGAAAUGGACAAAAAGUGGAAGAAACUAGUGAAUUUGCCUGUAAUACAACAGUGGAAGGAGUGGUUGCUGCAUUUACUACUAAGGAUGCUGUGGAGGCGAUACUUAAGGCCCCUAUGAUGAUUGAUUUAAACAUAUGGUUGCAUUGGGAUAUUUUGUAUGCUCCUUCUCUUGGUUCGAUUGUGGAAUGGUUGUUAAAGGAGGUCAACACCAAAGAUUUGUUGUGUUUGAUUACCAAGGAUGGCAAGGUGAUCCGUAUUGACCAUUCGGCUACUGUGGACUCAUUCUUAAAAGUUCUAAUUCGAGGGUCUUCUUUUGAAACGGCUGUGCAAUUACUAUCUUUGAUUGUAUUAUAUGGGGGGGAACAUAAUGUUCCCCAAUCACUUCUAAAGUGCUAUGCACGUCAAGGUUUUGAGGUGAUUAUUGAUAAUUAUCUGCUCUUACAUAGUGGAAAGAAUCCACUCGUACAUGGGAAUCCAUCAUCUGAUCAGCAUACUGCUGGUGAAAGCACAUCCAGAGAUGUGGUUAGCAUGUCACUUAAUAAUAGAAGUAUUCUGACUAGAGCAACUCCAGUUGUGGCAAAGUUUGUUCUUGAAUGUUUGAGUUAUCUGCCAAUUGAAUUUUGCCGUUUUGCGGCAGAUGUAUUGAUCACCGGAUUGCAAUCUCUUGUGAGCAAUGCUCCUGCAGCUAUCUUGAGCGAAUGUAACCAGAUAAAACAGCGUCUCAUGCUUCAUGAGGUAGGGAUGUCUCUUGGACUGAUGGAAUGGGUUCAGGACUACCAGUCUUUUUGUUCUUCUGCAGGGACAGGAUUUUCAUCUGAACUUCCAUCUUUAGAUGCGGCUAAUCUCGAGUUAAAUAAAACAUCCGUGGUUGGCCAAGGUGAACUGGAGAAGCAUCUCUCUUCAGGUGGAAUGUUGGUUUCUUGCGAUGAGCGAGUCAGUGUUGGGGCUGAUUCAGCUAAAUUAUUUGAAUGUCAGGCUGGAAGUUCGGAGUACCAGUUGCCAUCCAAUAAUCUUAGUGGUAGUGAUGCAGUCAGAGUUAUUGAAUCUAUCAGGAAGGAGGAAUUUGGUAUAGAUUCAAGUCUUUCAGCAGUUGAAAAUAACAUGUUGGAGAAGCAGCAUGCUCGAUUAGGCAGGGCUCUCCAUUGUCUCUCACAAGAGUUGUAUUCCCAGGAUUCUCACUUUCUUCUGGAGCUGGUUCAAAAUGCUGAUGAUAAUAUCUACCCCAAAAAUGUGGAACCCACUUUAACAUUCAUUCUCCGGGAAGAAGGCAUUAUUGUACUAAAUAACGAGGAAGGUUUUUCAGCCAAGAACAUCAGAGCACUGUGUGACGUUGGAAAUUCAACGAAAAAAGGUCAUAGUGCUGGAUACAUUGGGAAAAAAGGCAUCGGCUUCAAAUCAGUUUUUCGGGUUACAGAUGCCCCUGAAAUUCAUUCAAAUGGGUUCCAUAUCAAAUUCGACAUAACUGAAGGCCAGAUUGGUUUUGUUCUACCAACAGUUGUUCCUCCGUGUGAUAUUAACUUGUUUGCCAGAUUGGCAGCUACAGAUGAUGAUCACGUGGACCGGAACUUGUGGAACACAUGCAUUGUGCUCCCUUUUAGACCUACAAUGGUGGAAGGCUUUGCUAUGAACCACAUCUUAUCCAUGUUUUCAGAUCUUCAUCCUUCUUUACUUUUGUUUCUACAUCGUCUCCGAUGCAUUAAGUUUAGAAACUUGAUUGAUCAUUCACUCAUUGUUAUGCGGAGAAAAGUUUUAGGUGAUGGUAUUGUUGAGGUUGCCCUUGGUAAUGAGAAAAUGACUUGGUUUGUUGUAUCACAAAAGCUAAGAGCUGAUGCCAUUCGUUCUGAUGUGCAAACAACAGAAAUUUCUAUUGCAUUUACAUUACAGGAGAAAUCUGAUGGAGGAUAUGCCCCAAUUCUGAAUCAACAACCUGUUUUUGCAUUUCUUCCGUUGAGGACAUAUGGCCUUAAGUUUAUUCUCCAAGGGGAUUUUGUUUUGCCUUCUUCCAGGGAAGAAGUUGAUGGCAAUAGUCCAUGGAACCAAUGGUUGCUUUCAGAAUUCCCUGACUUGUUUGUCAGUGCUGAGAGGUCAUUUUGUACUCUGCCUUGUUAUAGAGGAAGCCUUGGGAAAGCUAUUACAGUGUUCAUGAGUUUUAUUCCUCUAGUGGGUGAGGUGCAUGGGUUCUUUUCUAGCUUACCACGAAUGAUAAUUUCCAAAUUGCGCAUGUCAGACUGCUUGAUUCUAGAAGGUGAUGAAAUCGAAUGGGCCCCUCCUUGCAAGGUCCUGAGAAAUUGGACUGAGCAAACUCGUGAUCUAUUACCUGAUAGUUUACUGCGCGAGCAUCUUGGUCUUGGGUACUUGAAUAAAGACAUUGUUCUCUCUGAUUCAUUGGCAAAGGCUUUGGGCGUGGAAGAGUACGGACCAAAAAUUCUACUUGGGGUCAUUUCUUCACUGUGUUGUUCAGAUAAUGGGUUAAAGUCGGUGGGCAUCAGUUGGUUAUGUUCUUGGUUAAGCGCUGUCUAUAUGAUGUCAUCCCAGUUUCUAAUGCAAACCACUCCAAGUGUUGUGUCUGAAUUUGAUUGGAUAACGAACCUUCAGAAAACACCGUUUAUCCCUCUUUCAGAUGGUAAAUACAGCUCACUGGACGAGGGCACCAUUUGGUUGCAUUCAGAGCCGGUAAAUCAAGAUAUUAAUGAUGAGCGUCUUCUGAAGGCUUUCCCAAAAUUGUAUGCAAAACUGCGUAUUGUAAGUCCUGACCUUUUGGGAGCAGCAUCCUCAUGUUCUGACACAACUAUUAAGGAGAAUGUUACAAAAAUGCUUUAUAAAAUUGGUGUCCAGCAGUUGUCUGUUCAUGAUGUUGUAAAGGUACAAAUCAUACCAGCCAUAUCUGAUGAAGAAAAUGCAACUGGGCAGAAAGAAUUGAUGAUUGAGUACCUUGCCUUUGCAAUGUUCCACUUGCAAUCAAGUUGUAUGACCUGUAGCCUAGAAAGGGCUAGCAUUAUUGCAGAGUUGCAUGAAAAGGCUCUCAUUCUGACAAAUUAUGGCUUCAAACGAUCGUCUGAGGUACCUAUACAUUUUUGUAAGGAGUUUGAAAAUCCUGUUGAUAUGAGUAGGCUAAUUACUGGUAUGGAUAUGAGAUGGCAUGAAAUUGAUGCUGCCUACGUGAAGCAUUCAAUUACCAAGUCUAUAUCUGGAGGAGUAUUGAAGUGGAGGAAUUUUUUGAAGGAAAUAGGAAUAACUGAUUUUGUUAAAGUAGUUCAAGUAGGGAAAAGCAUUGCUGAUAUGUCUCUUGCAGAUACAAAGGAUGUUGUGCAUGUCAAAGAUAUCAUCAUGUCUACUGAUGUAAUUGCUAAAAAUUGGGAAUCUGAAGAGUUAUUUCAGCUAUUGUCUCGGCUAUCUUCAAAACAUGACAAGGAGAAAUCUAAAUAUCUCUUGGAGAUUCUUGAUAGAUUGUGGGAUGAUUAUUUCAGUGACAAAGUUACUGGUUAUUACAUUGGUUUUGCUGGGGAGCACAAACCAUACAAGUCAUCGCUUUUGACCAUCCUCCAAGAUACGCCAUGGGUAGCUUCAAAUGUUGACAACAAACUUUAUUAUCCUAAAGAUUUGUUCCACGAUUGUGUAGCAGUAAACUCAGUACUUGGUGGUAAUGCUCCUUAUACUAUUCCAAAGGUUAGACUGGUUGCAGUAUCUGUCAUGCUUUUCAAAUUUCAGAUUGUUGUUCUAAGUUUCCUGGUUGUAAGUGAAAAGUUGUUAGCUGACAUUGGUUUUAGAACUGAAGUCACUGUUGAUGAUGCUAUAUCAGUUCUUAAACUCUGGAGACAAUCAGAAUCACCCCUCAAGACUAGUUUGUUGCAGAUGUCCAACUUCUAUUCAUUUCUUUGGAAGGCGACGUCUUCUUCAAAGAUGCAAGUUUUAGAGGAAUUACAUUCAGGACCUUUCAUAUUUGUUCCGAAUACUUUGAGUAGUUCAGAGGAGGCUGCUGUACCUGGUGCACUCUUGUCCCCUCAGGAAGUAUACUGGCAUGAUAGUAUUGGGAUAGUUGAUCAAAUAAAGUUAGUCCAUCCUGAAUGUGCCCGAAGCAUAGUUAGUCCCCAGAGAAUAAUGUUACGCAGCUUUUACCCCAACCUUCAUGACUUUUUUGUGAAUGAAUGUGGAGUGGAUGAAAGUCCUUCUCUCUGCAGCUAUCUCCAGAUUUUGCUGCAGCUGUCUACUAUUGCUUUACCUCAUCAGGCAGCAAAGAAGGUUUGUGAGGUGUUCUUACUGUGGGACAAUGCUUUGAAAUCUGGAUCUUUGAGUUUAGAGGAUGUCGUGUACCUGAAAGAAAGUCUCCAGGAAAAGAAGUAUGCUAUUCUUCCUACUAGACAAGAUAAAUGGGUAUCCCUACACCCAUCAUAUGGUGUGGUCUGUUGGUGUGAUGAUAACGACUUAGGGAGGGAAUUCAGACACCUCCAUAGUGUUGAGUUCCUUCACUUUGGAGAAUCUACCGAAGAAGAAAAACAGAGUCUUCGGUCCAAGUUCUCUGCCAUAAUGCAAAGACUAGGAAUUCCUGCUCUGUCCGAGAUUGUAACUCGUGAGUCAAUAUGCUCCAGUCCAGCAGACUCUAGUUCCAUUUUUUCUCUCGUGAAUUGGGUUUUUCCUUAUGCUCAGCGCUACAUACAUAAUGCGUAUCCCGAAAAAUAUUAUGAACUCAAGCAGUCUAGUUUUGAGAAUAUUACGCGUCUGAAGAUUGUUGCUGUUGAGAAUUUGUUCUUCCGGAAUGUCAUAAAGAAGAGUGGGCUUAAAUCAAAGAAAAGGCACCAGUGCAGUUGCCUUCUGCAGGACACCACCUUGUACUGCAAGCGUGAUUCAGACCCGCACUCGAUAUUCCUGGAGCUCUCUCAUCUUCUGCUAGACCAAGCUCCAAACCUGCAAUUCGCCAAUUUUCUUCACAUGAUUACAACCAUGGCCGAGUCAGGCUCCACCGAGGACCAAAUCGAAUUCUUCAUCUUAAACAGCCAGAAAGUGCCCAAAAUCCCCAAUCAUGAACUCACGUGGUCUCUUUCCCCAAUCGACACUAAACCCUCUGAAAAUGUACUUGAUCAACAAAACCCCUCAGAACCCAUGAAGCCUGAAUCAAUCAACUCAACCUGGCCGCCAGCUGGCUGGAAAACUGCCCCAGGUUUCGACUCUGUCAGAAGCAAAUCUAAAAGAACAGUAGUAGCAGCCAGCUGUUGGAAAAACGAAGGCGAGAGCAUCACCCCUGAAAAGAAUCUCGAAAAGUCCAGCUCGUCGCCACCUGGCGAGAUUCUGAGUAUUCCGGUGGAAGUCGAGACUCUGGAAAUCGAACAGCAGGCUGAAAUCACCAUUCCCAAUGUCAGAAUUAAUGUCCACUCGAAUUCUGGCAGUGGCGAACGAGGGCAAGGGCAGGUAUCUGCCCUGAAGCAGCAGGCUAUUCUUACAGGGAGGCUCGGGGAGCAUGUGGCGUUUGAGUAUUUUGUGGGGAAAUUAGGGGAAGGGGCCGUGAAUUGGGUGAACGAGAAUAAUGAGACAGGAUUGCCUUACGAUAUUGUGGUGGAGGGGCAAGGAGAGGAUGGGAAGGAAAAGGAAUAUGUGGAGGUGAAGGCGACAAAGUCGAACAAGAAGAAUUGGUUCUUGAUAACGAUGAGGGAGUGGCAGUUUGCGGUGGAGAAAGGGGAGUCGUACAGCAUUGCGUAUGUGGUGUUGGGUGAUAAUAAUAAAAUGGCGAGGGUUACGGUGUACAAGAAUCCGGCGAGGUUGUGUCAACUGGGGAAUUUACGGUUGGCAGUUGUGGUUCCCAAAGAAUAAUCAACACUUUGGGAAGCU